AUGCAUCAACAGCCCGUAAUCGACCAACCACCAGGUCUAGUUGAGAAAUUCGACGAUGAACUCUACCUAAACGAUAGACUUCGCUCGAUGGGUAAUGCAUUCACACUACCGAAAUCCUGGGAAGUGAAAGCUACCAAUGAUCCCGAUUCUCUAUAUGCAUUCAUCAAGGAGAAUAUACCAACCUAUCCAAUUGUGGGCAAACCAGUCCGCGGCCGUGGAAGCCACGGCGUGAAAGCUACGAUUACUGCUAUGUCCCCUUAUCCUGAGAGCUGUGGGUAUUGGGCUAUGGCUCCUGUCAUGAGAUUCAACCAUGAUAAUGGAAUCGCUCCGUAUAACGAAACCGUUGCUGUUACUGAUAACUCGCGCGUUAUUUCCAAUGAGUUGGCGGAUGAUCCUGCUUAUGGGAUGAUUAUAAGGCAAUGUGAGCGUGUGGCUUCUUUGAUUAAAGCUACUGCGCCAAUCCGGAUUGAUAUUCGGCGGUUCAGACCUGAGGCUGGGGAGUUUGCUAUUUUUGAUGUUAAUAUGAAACCGAAUAUGAUCGGACCUGGUCGUCCAGCUCGUAAGGAUCAGGCUAGUUCAACUGCUAUGGCGGCUACAGCUUGUGGAUGGGACUAUACGAGGUUGUUACAGGAGAUUCUGAAGGGAGCUUCUGCUUUAGAAACGUUUCGUCAGUAUCAAAGUCCAUUUAAAUACAGACUUUUCACACACUGUUCACGAUACAUCAUCGCCCUGUCAAAGGCGUGA